AAAUAUUUUAGAACGUGGCUGAGUCAUUAGGACAACUUGAAAGUUCAAGGUUUGGAUUGGAGCACGUGGGCGCUCGUCCAACGUUUGGUUUGAGUUUAAAAUAAAUAAACAGUCAUUAUGAGGUGGAUCCCUCUAGAAGCUAAUCCUCAGGUAUUUUUGCAAUUAGUUGGUAAUUCUUUAGGUGCUGAAUGAAGUACACACUAUUUUAUAAAUGCAUUUAAUUUCUAACAUUAUAGUAUAUGAAUAAACUUGGAGUUGUCGAAGAGUCAUGGAAAUUUAUAGACAUUUUUAGUCUGGAUGAUGAUAUGCUUGCAUUUGUACCAGAACCCGUGAUAGGCUUAUUAUUUUUAUAUCCUGUUGAAACCUCCAUUGAAAAUGCUUCAUUAGGUGUCGAGGAUAACUCAUCCAAAGUUGUUUUGAUCAAACAAACGGUCGGUAAUGCUUGUGGAACUAUAGCUAUAUUACAUGCCAUAGUAAAUAAUAAACAACAUUUAAGCAUCAAAGAUGGUUCCUUUUUGAGCAGCGUUUUAAAGGAAUUCGAAAAUAAGACACCUGAUGAACGUGGAGUUAUCGUGGAGAGUCAAAAAGAAAUUUCUGCAUUGCAUGAGAAGUCUGCACUAGAAGGCCAAACAGAAGCACCAAACGCUGAGUCAAAAACUAAUUUGCACUUUGUAUGUUUUGUUGAGCAUGACGGAUCUCUAUAUGAACUCGAUGGUCGAAAAAAUGCACCCAUUCUCCAUGGAUCGAUAACAUCAGCUGGUUUUCUGCGAGAUGCAUGCAAUGUAGUCAAAAAGUUCAUCACUUGUUUACCUGGAAGUGUAGAAUUCAGUUUGAUGGGAUUAUGUUCUCAUAAUAACUGACUAUAAUAAUUAAUUUUUCUGUGUUUUUUUGCACUGUAUCUCCGUUUCAACUACUUGUAACACGUCGCUUCACUGCAUUUUGUGGUAUACAUUGCUAUUUGAUUUUUGUACGAUUUCUAUGAUUUAAAAACAAAUCAGUCAUACAUUGUUUAUGUUUCUUAUACAAUUGUUUAAUAAAAUGUUUUGUGUAGUUGAAAUAAUGAAACGAAAAACAAUGUGAUGUAUGAUAGUAGAAUUACAUAAAUACCAUUAGUUGUAAACUUAAGGCAUAAGUUUAACAGAUCUCUUGGUGGUAAAACAAUUUAACAAAAUAAAAAUAUCCAUACAUGGAGAUAUGAUAUGUGUCCGUGAGUUUCUAAAGCGCCCGUCUUUUUCUUAUUUGUAUGCAUUAUCACGCAUUUUUCUCUCGCUUAAUGGGUUAAUGUAGAAUGCAGGAGCAUAAUUUUCACUAAGAAUUUCAGGCUCCAACUUUCACUUUGUUUACUUUUUUCAUCCGAUAAUUUGGGCUACGAUACAAUGGCAUAGCUUCAGAGGAUUGAAAUGAAAUCCCCGGUAAGAAUUAUGGCUUUAUGUGCAAUACAUACAUGAAAUGAACAAGGAAACUCUAGAUAUUAUACUUUUAUAGAACAAGAAGUGGAUACUCAACGUCCAGUUUAGGUUGGUGGAUACUGAAUGUCUCCCUUGUAGUAUUGAGAAACCCUGGAUUCCAACUAGUUGUGCACAUGUAAUCCUGAAAUAUGAGUGGACAAAUAAACUGAUUUCAAUCGGAUUGCUUUUGACGUUGGGACAACUUUGCUUAUUCGAUCUUGCGAUCAAAGGCUUGGGGUGAUCCCUGAGGAAACCACUCGCUCUGAUUUGGACGUUCUGAGUUUAUCACUUAUUACACAAAAAUAAUGAUAACGAAUAAAUGAACCGAAAUAUUUUAUAAUAGAAGUCAAUAAAUCAUAACCAUAAAUUGUAUACUACAGAAGGCUCGUCAAUAAUGUUAAGCAUUAAAAAAGUGACAAAUUUCGUAAAUAGAAAUCUAGGUAAAGUACAUAUUCAAACAUAUAUAGAUUAUGAAAGGAAUUUUCUUCACAAACUGACAUAAUUUAGAGAAACAAUAGAUAUCAAGGAUCACUGAACAAUCUCUUCUUAGCUGUUUUGUACACCUUAACAAUAUAGAGUUAAAUCUUCACCUAGGAUUGAGCGCUACAUUCUGCAAUGUCUCUAUAUGCAUAAAAUUACUCAAUCAUUAAAUUCCAAUCAAAUGGUUAUUACUGAUACAAAAUUAUUCAUAUCCUUGUCCUUGUAAUUUUUAUAGUUUCUUUUCAAUUAUUAAAUCCUACCAGUUUUGAAUGAGACAUAUGUAAUUUAUUUACUUAUACAAGUAUUUGUUUUCAGAUUAAAUUUAUGUUGAAUAAACUUUCACGUGAUACUUCAUAUAAAUAUUGUAGUAGUUCAAUCCAUUGUUCUAUUUUUUUGUUUGUUUUAUUUAGUUAUAAUAAUACUGUGAAC